AUGUUCUCUUCGGUUACAAGUGGGACUGGGUCCCACAAUGGGUCCCACUGUUAUCCGAAUCUCUGGGCUUUCAAGAUUUCAAUCAACCAAACAUCUUCUUUAGCGGCUUCUCUUACUUUCUCGUCACCACCGCCAGCGGCCGCCGCCGAAGCUCCCAUGGAUGGGGCCACAGCCGCAGCUCCUUUUCUCCUCAUUCCCUUGCUUCCUGAUGAAUCCGCCGCCAUCAAGCUUCUCCAGUCCUGCGGGGGACGCGGAGGCCUCAGAGGAGGCCAGCAAAUCCACGGCUACAUCGUCCGAUCGGGAAUCCCCCCGAACUUCGUGAUGAACAACUCGCUUAUCAGCAUGUACUCCAGGAACCGUUCGAUGGAUCUGGCGAGGAGAGCUUUCGAUUCGAUGGAGAACCCUAACGUGGUGUCCUGGAAUUCGAUUAUAUCCGGGUAUGCUCUGAACGGAGACCCUGACGAAGCGUGGAAACUCUUCGAACAGAUGACGACGAUGCACGAUGUUAAACCUGAUUUGAUAACCUGGAAUUCUCUGAUAUCAGGCAAUGUCCGCCAUGGAUGUAACGCCAAGGUUCUGGAACUCUUCAAGGGCAUUCAAUCCUCAGGUUUGAAGCCGAAUUCAGUCACCAUCACGGGGAUUCUCCAAGCGAUCGCCGAAUCGCGUACGCUCGAGCUCGGCAGACAGAUCCAUGGAUAUGCCAUCAGGCACGGUCAUGACUCAAGCGCCUACGUUGGGACCUCCACCAUCGACAUGUACGUAAAAUGUGGAGAUCUGGGUAUGGCCCGGAGGGUGUUUGAUUGUAUGCCUCAUCGAAACCUCUUCGCCUGGAACUCCUUGAUCUCUGGGUACGCUUUCCAAGGAUUGUUCGAUGAAGCUCUGUUGCUCUUGAAUCAGAUGCAGCAGGAGGGAAUACGACCGGAUUUAACGACCUGGAAUGGCUUGAUCUCUGGUUAUUCAAUGAAAGGCUUCAAGAAGCAGGCUCUCAUUCUAAUCCGUCGGCUGAAGACACUGGGAGAGAAGCCCAACGUGAUUUCCUGGACAUCUGUCAUCUCGGGUUUCUGUCAGAACGGAUUCUUCGCGGAUUCCCUGGGGUGCUUCGUUGAGAUGCAGAAGGAAGGUGUUCAACCCAACUCAGCCACCAUGGCCAGCUCGCUCCGAGCCGCCGCAGGCCUCGCUCUGCUGACGAGGGGCCGAGAUCUCCACGGCGGCGCAAUCCGGCGGGGGCUCGACGGGGAUAUCUUCGUCGCCACCGCCCUCGUUGACAUGUAUUCCAAGUGCGGGAAUCUGUCGAAGGCCUUCCAGGUCUUCGAGAGGAUCAAGAACAAGAGCUUGUCCUCCUGGAACGCCAUGCUGAGGGGCUUCGCCGCCCACGGCAUGGCGAAGGAGGCGAUCUCGUGCUUCGAGGAGAUGCGCUCUUCGGGGUUCAAUCCUGACGCCAUAACCUUCACCGCCCUUCUCUGCGGGUUGAAGCAUUCGGCCAUGGUGAGCGAGGGCUGGAGAUUCUUCGACAUGAUGAAGGUCGAUUAUGCCAUGAUCCCCUCCCCGGAGCACUACGCCUGCAUGGUGGACCUCCUCGGUAGAGCCGGCUACCUGGACGAGGCCUGGGACUUCAUCGAAAACAUGCCCCAGGAGCCCGACGCCGGCGUGUGGGGCGCUCUCCUCGGGGCCUGCCGGAGCCACAAGAACCUGGAAUUGGCGGAGGCGGCGGCAGAGCAGCUCUUCAAGCUGGAGCCGCACAAUCCGGCCAACUACCUGCUGAUGGCGAGCAUCUACGGUUCCAGGAGCCAGUGGGAGAGGGUCGAGACGUUGAAGGUCGCCAUGAGCGCGCUGGGGUUGAAGAGCAGAGGAGGGUGGAGCUGGAUACAGAUCCGUAAGACCCUGCACUCCUUCUCCGCGGAGGGGAAUCCCCAUCCAGAUUUGGGGGAGGUCCGCUUCGAGCUCCUCCAGAUGGUUGCAGAGAUGAAGAGAAUAGGGUACAGACCUGACACGGCCUGCAUAGCCCUGGAUGUGGACGAGGCCACGAAGGAGAUGAUGCUAAUGGGCCACACAGAGAAGCUGGCGAUCACGUAUGGGCUGAUCCGUUCGGAGGGGAACGGACCCAUUAGAGUGAUAAGGAGCGCCAGCGUCUGUGGCGACUGCCACACGAUGGCCAAGUACGUGUCGAAGAUACGACAGCGGGAGAUUCUCUUGAGGGACGGUCCCCGGUUCCACAGGUUUGUGAAUGGGAGAUGCUCUUGCAAUGAAUGA